AUGUCCGGCAGGCAAGGUGGAAAGCUCAAACCUCUGAAGGCCCCGAAGAAGGAAAAGAAGGGUGAAGACGAGGAUGACCUUGCCUUGAAGAAGAAACAACAGGAGGAGGCGGCUUCUCUAAAGGCUGCUCGCGAGAAAGCUCUGAAAGGAGGACCGCCUGGAGGCGGGAUCAAGAAGCGCGUAUUCUCAUCAUGA